CUAAGUUCCGACGCGGAAGUAAUGAUUUUGACACUACACAGGACGUUGUGACAUAAAAUGUGAAUAAAGUCAAGUUCUCAAAUAUGAAUACUUUGAUUAAUCCGUCCAUCGUUCUAACGUUCCUCAUCCUCGUCACACUCGAUGUUUCGAUUGUUGACUCACUAUCCGCCGGCCAGUCUAAUGUUUGCAGCAACACAGUAUAUUAUAAAGCAUCUCGGAGCGAAUCGUACAACCAGCCAUACAGGGUGAAAACCUACACAUGGUGCUGGGCCGUCCCACCAAGAUGUACCAACUACUUGAUGCGAUACCGGACUGCGUAUCGACAGGUUUGGGACACGAAGUCGAGGGUUGAGUACAAGUGUUGCCGUGGUUACCAUGAGGUUGUUGGCGUCUGCAAACCUACAUGUUCCUUCUCAUGUGGAAAUGGCGACUGCACCUCUCCAAAUGUCUGCACCUGUAAAUCGGGAUACUUCGGCCACCAAUGCGACAAAAAAUGCGCGCCGUGGAAAUAUGGCCCUGGUUGUUUAAGUUCGUGUAGCUGUAUCACAGCUAGAACUGACCAAUGUGACGCUUCGACUGGGCGGUGCCUUUGUAAAGCAGGUUACAAGGGUUCGACGUGUAAUGAACAAUGUACAGCGAAUGUGAAUUAUGGGAUAGGGUGCAAGAGCAAAUGUCAGUGUCAAAAUGGUGCUGCGUGUGACUACAGGACUGGUGCUUGUACAUGUACAGCCGGCUUCUAUGGACCCUACUGUGAGAAAAAAUGCCCCAGUGGUACUGGUGGAAUUGGAUGUGAAGAGUGUAAGUGCCAGAACGGUGUCUGUGAUUCGAAGACGGCACUGUGCUCCUCCUGUUACCCGGGAUGGAAGGGAGAGGUGUGCUCCGAGAAGUGUCCAUUGUUCUCCUGGGGUAAAAAUUGUGCGGAAAAGUGUGAUUGCAAUGGCGGGGAAUGUUUACAAACUGUGGGGAACUGUACAAAAUGUCGUCCUGGAUACAUGGGAGUGAAAUGUGACCAACUUUGCCUAACGGGGAAAUAUGGCCAGGACUGCAAGAGUGAUUGCCCGUGCAAAAAUGGUGGACUCUGUGACCCGGUGACUGGGAACUGUACGUGUAAUGACCCUGGGUUCUAUGGUCAGUACUGCCAACACAGAUACUGUGGCAGUGCUGAUGUGUACGGCACAAACAAACUCUGUGAUACGAAAUGCAAGUGUGAGUGGUCAAACACUGAAACCGGUGAUGCAUUUUCAUGCCAUUCCAUAACCGGCGCAUGUAGUUGUAAAGCUGGCUGGAAAGGCGUGAAAUGCGAGAUCCCGUGUUCACCUCCGUUCUAUGGGAAGCAGUGCUCGAAGAUGUGCAAUUGUUCCAACAGCGCGUACUGUGACCCAGCUCUUGGAAACUGUUAUUGUCAGCUGGGAUUCAGAGGAACAUCCUGUGAGCAUCCAUGCGCCGAGGGUAAAUUUGGUCUCGGAUGUGGACAGACGUGCCAGUGUUACAAUGACGCCACAUGCAAUUCCAAGUCUGGAGCAUGCACGUGCAAAAACGGAUGGACUGGUGAAAUGUGCGAGCGGACGUGUAAGGCUGGUACGCACAGCUUGAACUGCACCGGGAAGUGUGACUGUCAUGAGAGCAAAGGACAUGGGUGUAAUCCGAUGGAUGGGGCCUGCAUGUGUCAGCCGGGAUGGACCGGGGCCAAGUGCAAUAAGGAAUGUCCAGCUGAUACCUAUGGCUUGAGGUGUGGACAGAACUGCUCAUGUAAUGCAACAAACGCGCUGAGUUGUCAAAGUGAGAAGGGGAUGUGCCAAUGUAAAAGUGGCUUUUCAGGCAUCAGAUGUACUAGUACUUGCCCCGCGAAAAAAUGGGGAGCGAAUUGUCAGAAGUCUUGUAACUGUGGGAACUCGAGCUGUCAUAUGACGACUGGGGAUUGUGAGUGCCUCCAAGGAUAUACUGGGUCCACUUGUUCAGAAAAAUGUCCAACCGGCUCAUUUGGCCUCGGCUGCAACCAGAAGUGUACCCAUUGCACCUCGUACGGUGGACUUGCUGGACAGUGCGACCCGGUCAAUGGUCGUUGCAAAUGCAAGCAAGGGUUCAUUGGAUACUUCUGUGAAAGAUCUUGCCCCAAAGGCUACUACGGUGUGACCUGCUCGAAAAAGUGCAGCACUGUCUGUCCACAGGUCGAGAAAAAGUACUUCGAUUUCAAGCUUGGCAAAUCCGUGACGCAGUAUUUCACUCUGACGUGCGACCCUAGCAACGGAAAAUGUCUGUGUCCGGCGGGACGAAAAGGAGAUCAGUGUCAAUCAGAAUGUCCUCCUAACACGUACGGUAUCAAAUGCUCACAGACAUGUGCGUGUGACACCCAUGGGGCGGCAUCAUGUCGUGAUAGCAACGGACUCUGUGAAUGCAAGGCCGGAUACACCGGUCCUAAAUGCAGUGAACGUUGUCCAGAGAAUUACUAUGGAUUGGACUGCAUGAAUAAAUGUGAUUGCAACAACGACGGAAGCAUCCGUGGCUCCUGUAACAUGGUGACUGGCCUCUGCUACUGCAAACCAGGUUGGCAGCGGUCUGAUGGGAAGCAGUGUGAUGAGAGGUGCUCGAUCAUGUCUGAGACAUGUGGCCCGUCCUGCACGCGGAAGUGCCCAACGUGUCCACAACACGCACACUGCAACAUUGAAAAAUGCACCUGCGAUUGUAGUCCGGGCUACAAAGGACAAAAGUGUGACAUGAAAUGCGAUUAUCCCUCAUUUGGACUCAAUUGCAGCAAGAAGUGUGACCAGACCUGUCCUUCAAAGAUGUGCGACCACAAGGCUGGGUGUUUGACCCAGCCUGGGAAUGAAGGUUCAAAAUCACCUAUCUCCGGUCGUCACAGCGGCGGUGGAGAACUUAGUACUGGCGGCCUCGCCGGUGUCAUCGUUGCCGUUGUUGCUGCUGUCGUUCUGGUCAUCUUGAUCGCCUUGAUUUUCUACUUCAAGAAAAAGAUGGUGAAUCUUAAACAACAGAAGGAGAUUUCGGACGCGAUGCGUGACGAGGCGUUGGAGAAUAGAGACAUGGGUAUAAAUAAUCCGACAUACAUUGGCAAAGAUGGACAGGAUCCCAUGGUCAUCGGCUUGAGCGGGCCAGUGCCGGUCACUGCCCAGAAUAACUUGACGUACAGUAAUCAACUCGGGCAAUCGGCAAAACAGGGGUACACAGACGAAAAUCCGUACGACCCUUAUGACUUGCCAACUGGAAGUAAUGACAAGCCGGAUGUGAACGUUUACGAUGAAGCAAAAAUCUAUGACAACAUUGAUGAGAAGGUUCCCAACAUGGCGAUAGACUUGAACAAACCCGAAACAGUCUCCACAGAGCCCGGCAGUGGCUACCUGACAAUGAGUCGGUCACCAGAACCACUGCCCCAGGGGACUGGAACGCCGACUGGUACCUAUGUCGACCCGUACAGCCUCGGCCCGAAGACCCUUGAUCCCGUCUACCACAGUGCGUAUGAGAAGAUGGCCCCGCCGAGAUUAAAGAAACCACCGGUAGCAAAGAAACCGGGCAUUCCACCAAGAUCCCGUGAAAAUGCACCCAAACUUCCUGAAAUGCCAACUGAAAGUGCGUACCAGGUCCCGAAUCCAGCAGCCGAGGACCCGUACCGUGAUGCUUAUGAUCACACCCAGAGGGCAGCACCAGAACCACCGAUGCGGACCGACAGUGUUGCACCUGAAGAUAUGGAUGAUAUCGUGUUUGAGGGGACUGUGGAAGCUCACGUGCCGGAACCGUACGACUUGGUACCGAAGCGUGAACCGUAUGAUACGGUACCAAACCGUGAACCGUAUGAUAUGGUACCAAGGCAUGAUCAGUAUGAUAGCCCCCGUAUCACUCUCCGUCGGUCUUUAACCAAUGAUAUUGAUGCCUAAAUGGAUGACGUCUUGAGACAUUGUUCCAAUGUAAGGCGCAAGUUUUUUUAUGGUUUAGCCGUUUUCCUCCAUUUCUCUAUAUGGACUCAUCCCAGAAAUGCAUUAGAAGAGUUCAUUUCAAAAACUAGGGGUGUAAGGGUAAGCACACAAGUAUUCAGUUGACUGGAUGAGAGAUGGGGGAAUAAAGUAAAAAGAUAUUAUUUCAAAUUUGCUGUAAAUUCACGGUUUUAAGGCAUGUUGUUUUUAUUGUCAUGUGGACUGAAACGUUGUUAUUGUUUUUGUGUACAAGUUUAUUACUGAAAUAUCAUUCCUUCGAGAUUUACCGUAUUUCUUCAUGAAUCUCAUUUUCGACAUAUCAUGAAAAUUGUACAUUGACAUGUGGACUGAUUCAUUGUAAUUAUGGAUGGGUCACCACUAAAAUAUCAUUCCUAUGAGAUCUGCCGUAUUUCCACACGAGUCCCAUUUCGUUGUUACAUGUUCCAUGUGUUUUAAAAAUUUUACAUCGGUAAGUGAACUGAUGCAUUGUAAUUAUGGAUGGGUCACCACAAAAGUAUCAUUCCUAUAAAUACAUGUAUUUUUACAUAAAUCUAUUUUUGCAAUAUUACAUAUUAUGUUUACUUCUAAAUAGUACAUGGCAUGUGAAUUGAUUAUUUGUAAUUAUGGAUAGAUUAUAACUGAAAUAUUCUGCUUAAUCUCACUUUUGACAUAUCAUAUUUCUUGUAUUUUGUAAAUAUUGAUUUUGAUGUGCUUAUAUAGCAGUACUGUUAACAUGAUUAACUCACUUGUUUUUAAGUAGUAGCCAGCGAUAGUACCACAGUAAAAAUGUAAAUAUGAUGAUAUUAUAAUAUGCAUAAAUAUUGAUAUAUAUUGAUAUAUAUUUUAUGUAACCAGCCAUUUUUAAAAGUACACGUUUGAAGAUUCACUGUAUAAUAAUGCAAUUUUAAAUGUUAGUCCAUUUUAGUGAAAUUAACUAUCAUUUUAUAGAUACUGUAAGUGUGAAAUUGUUCAAGUUAAUUUGGACUUGUGAUUCCUUCACCCUGGAGAAUCAGUUCCGCAGCUUGCUGUGAUUGCUCUAUUUCAGUGCCUUUGCAGGACAUAAUCGAGAUUCCAUUUUCUUUACAAUCAAAAUAAAAAUUUUGUGAUUGCUCUUUUUCAAUGCCUUUGUAGAACAAAUUUGAGAAAACGUUUUCCUGAUAAUCAAAUGAAAAAUUCUGUGAUUGCUUUUUUUCAAUGCCUUUGUAGAACAAAUUUGAGAAAUCGGUUUCCUGAUAAUCAAAAGAAAAAUUCUGUGAUUGCUUUUUUUCAAUGCCUUUGUAGAUAAAAAUAAUGUGAAAGUGAUGCAAAUAAAUCACAAAAUUUA